CCCCUCUACCACUUCAGUCUGAGCCCUCACCGCUCUCAAAGAAGUUGCACACUCUCUCUCUUCAAGCCCAUCUCAAUCUCCAUGGCUCGCUUUCAAAGAGUUGUUGCAAAUUCUUCUCUGUUGCUCACGGUCGCUCUGCUCUUAGGCUUCUCAGAAGCUAAAGAAAUUCUGGUUGGUGGGAAAACAGAUGCCUGGAAAAUCCCAUCUUCUCAAUCUGAUUCUCUAAACAACUGGGCUGAAAGUGCUCGCUUUCGCAUUGGCGAUUUUCUGGUGUGGAAGUACGAUAGUCAAAAGGACUCGGUGUUGCAAGUGACCAGGGAGGCUUACCUUAGCUGCAAUACCUCAAAUCCAAUUGAAGAGUACGGGGAUGGGAACACGAAGGUGAAGCUUGAUCGAUCGGGAGCAUAUUAUUUCAUCAGUGGAGCAGAGGGACACUGCGUGAAGGGCCAGAAGAUGAUUGUGGUAGUGCUGUCUCAAAGGCAUAGGUACACUGGUAUUUCUCCAGCUCCUUCUCCAGCAGAGUUUGAGGGUCCUGCAGUUGCCCCUACAAGUGCUGCUACAAGCUUGAAAGGCAGCUUAGUGGUGUCACUGGGGGUUUUGCUUUGGGGUUUGUUUUGAUGUGAGCUUGGAGAAUUUGUUUCCAAUUUUAUUACAGUAAUGAGGGUAUUGCCUGCUUUAUAUUUCAAUUGUUGUAGGGAAAUUUGGGGUUUUCCUUUCCAAAUUUAUUCUUUGUUUUUUUUGAGAAAUAUUCAUUUUCUUAAUAGUUGAUCCUGGAUUAUGUAGAGAGCGAGAUUAUUCAGACUCGUUUAUAUUUC